AUGUCUGAUGAUCUGGCUCUGGAUGUGUUCCAAUGGAGUCAAGGAGUUGAAGUCGGGCAGUAUCAUAGUUUGCAACAGGUGUCUGCGCUGGGAGGCCUCCCUCCAUGCGACUUGACGGUGAUAUUUGCACCACUGGAUAUACAUCUCAACUAUGAGACGAGAGGUCUACCAUCACUAUUCAAAUAUUAUGACUUUCCCAAUUCCUUUAUUCUGGAAAGGAAAUACUCUGUGACGCAAGCUUUCGGCACGUAUGAAUGGAAUGAUGGCGCGACCUGUUCAUGGCUCCAUUUUCUGUGUAAAAACAUUCACAUCGACCGCACGAGGUCUCCAGGCAACCCCGAUAAGUGCGAGAUCGUGAACGUCAUCCCUAACACCAUCGCACUUAGACAAGCAGAUUAUAGCUGGCUACGUUCAGGCUACUUGUUCAAACGUGUACCGCGGGUCUCCGGCAAUAUCUCUAUCAAUGGAAGCUCAUCCAGCUCUACUACAACUCGAGCCCUUCCAGAUCCCGUGACCCUCAUAUGCUUCGGAGCUCCAGACUCACUCAAGCAAAGGUGUAAUAGAUUGUUACAAGGGCAACUUUGGGAAAGGUUCCUGAAUGAUCCGUACACUAUCCUCACCAUGGUCGUUGAAGAAUUAUUUUUCCAGCUCGACCAUUCCGCCUGGAACCUCUCAGAGGCAUUCGGCACUAUUGAACAUACUAUUUUGACAAGUGCAGAACGUCCAGGGCAAGCGGCAGAUCACGUGGAUUUCGUCUCUCUCCACACGGUCGCUAAAGCCAUCAUCUAUCUAAAUGAAGGAGUUGACGCGAUGCUUCUGACGCUAGAAGAUAUGGCAGCGACAUAUGAUGAGAAGCUGAGCCAUCCAGCUACCAAAUCCGCCUCAAACUUGAAGGCUGAAAUUCGCUAUCGCCGCGGACUCUUCCGAAGUACACGACUACGUCUACAAAGCCUCGAGAAACGCAUGUCCAACAUCAUCAACCUGUCCUUCAAUCUAGUCACACAACAAGACAGCCGCGUCGUCCAGCGCGACAGCAGCGUCAUGAAAAUCAUCGCCAUCGUCACGCUUUUCUUCUUACCUUCCUCCACCAUAGCCACGAUCUUCGGAACGCAAUUCUUCAACUUCGGGGAUUUUGGCAAUGGGAAGCCCGAAUUUCUUGUCAGCUCCUAUUUCUGGGUCUUCUGGCUGGUCAGCAUCUGCACGACUGUGGCUGUGUUCGUGGUGUGGUGGUUCUAUUAUCGACGCAUCAAGAGAGUGAUUAAGAAGCGAGAGAUGGUACAUCAGAGCGGUGUGUAA